GUCAAGUUUGACGUUUGUUCAUGACUUGGGACUGCUGGCUCAAUUUGACAACUGAACGUAUAUGAAUGUCUCUGUGUACAAGCUAUAAUGGACAAAAUUCCAGACCAGAUCGGUUACUUGGUGCUAACUGAUGACGGAGCCGUCCUCGAGUCUGGCGGUGAACUGGAAAACGACGAACGUGUCGCCAGAAUAAUUACUGAUCUCAUCACCUUAUCUAAUAAGGUCGAUCCAGUAGCUUUUGCUCCAAAUGAGCAGUUCAAAAAAAUCACAAUAACAUACGAUGAUCAUUGGUUUGUGAUAUGCCUUUCUAACAAGAAAAUAUAUAUUGUGAAGAGGAGCAUACAACCAGCAGCAGAUGGAAACACUGUUAAUGUUUGA